CAGUUACUUAUCACGCGAGGCUCGGUGUGACGCCCGCUUUCAGUGAACGCGGGAAAAUAAUAUUAGCUUCGGGAAAAUAUGGCUCCCGCGCGCCGCUGAGCGAAGUGCGGGAAGGGCGGGCGGCGCGCGCCGGUCGCGCCCAGACACCCUGUAUUUUUCAAUAUAAUGUCUACCAUUUAGACAACAGGACGUUAGCUUAUUAAUUUUAUAGACUGUGAAGUGAGUGUGCUAUCAGCUGAGCGUGCACCUGAGAUGUGAGUGCUGUACUGACAGAAUCCGAACAACAGAUAUCCAGAACAGCUGAUCGCAAUGACGGUGGUAACGAAUCCAGCGCGCACAGACUCAGACGAGGACAUCGAGUCGGGGCGAGAGAGUGUGGCCGGCGGGGACGGCUACGGCCUCGAGCUCGACGAGAACGCUCGCCUCUACGACAACGAAAAGCAAAGCGACAUUAUCUUCGUUGCCGGCAUCAACGGCGAUACCUGGCGGUACCCCGGCCAUCGCAGGGUCCUCGCCGCCACCAGCCCAGUCUUUGCAGCUCUCCUAUCCACCAAAACAGAGGUCAUAAUUGUCGAUUAUGUCGACCGCCGCGGUUUUGAACAGCUGCUCCGAUACCACUACUGUGAACCCACACAACUAAACUCUGUGGGUACAGCACGAUGCGCUCUUGAUGCAGCUUACAAGUUCCUCUGUCCCCCACUUGCGGAGCGAUGCGCACGACGCCUGGACGAGAUGUUGGAUGCGGGCGUUGCGCUUGAAAUAUUGCGGGACCUGCGAUUCCUUUGCGCUAGACUUCCGGGAGCCGCUUCAGCUCCACCACUUCCAGCGCUUUCUGAUGAUGCUGCUGCACGAUUACUGGCACAAUGUUCGCGCUGGUGCGAUUCUUUAGCUCACAAUGCUCUCCUAGUUUUGGAUGAUAAUGCAGAUGCUGCUCUCACCGAUGAACGUCUGGAAGAGCUUACAUACGAAGAUCUCGCUCUGAUUGUAAAACGAGAUACACUGCGAGUAUCUAGUGAAUUGGUAUUAGCAGAGGCUCUUUCACGAUGGGCCACCGCUGUUUGUAAGCGAAGCAAGAGAGAGCUCACAUCUAGCAAUAAGAGAGUGGCACUCGGGGAGCUAGCAUAUUGUCCUCGAUAUUUGCUACUAUCCGGGGAAGAUUUGGAUAAAGCUUUAGGGUUGGAGUUAUUGGAGCCAAUGGAGCGGGCUUUAGUAACGGCACGAGCUCGAAAACUAUCCGCGCCUGUGCCGGUAGGAGCGGAACAAGAGGCGCUGCUGCGGCGUUGGGCCCGCCCUCGGCCCACCGAGCCCGCGGCGCUGCCGGUGCACCUCAGCCCGCGCUCCGAGCCGCAGCCCGAGGAGCCGCAACCCAGCAAGUUGUGCGCGCGUCGACCCAAACGACCAAAGCAACCCAGCUUCGCCCCCGAAGAGAAGAACAAGAAGAAAGGUUGCUGUGCCUGCUUCGGCGAGGGCCUUCUCCGGGCUUUUAUUUGUUUAUUCGACUGAGAAGAAGAGUGCACAUGCACUUGUCAAGUGUAAUGUGUGAAAUGAAUGACUUCUAAAUCUCCUUUGUGUAUGUCAGACUACUUAAAUAAAAAAGACUUUGUCUCUUUGUGUGUAUCGAGAAGGCUCAAGGCUGUUUAACAGUUAAAAUUGACAAUAUUUCUUUGAAGUACACACUUGCAGUUUGAAUGUCAGCUCAGAUUACAUACAUGAUAUAUAUUUAUUCAUCUAAUAAGUGGACUGUGAAAAUCUAUACUUAUAAAUUAGUGUACCAACUAUAGAACGAAUUUGAUAGAUAAAUGAGUGAUCGACUUUGGAAAGACAUUUUGUAUUUAGAAAGAAAAGAAAGUCCCUUUUGUAUUUUUUUACAAAUACUUUACAACUUUCUUCUAGCUAAGUAAUAGUUUUAUUAAAAUGUCUUUUCAACCUUUCUCGUAAUCAGUAUUUGAAUACUUAUACUCUUCGUAACGCAAAUUUACAUUUAAUGUAUUUAAAAUUUAUACUACCUAAGUAUACUUAGAUUGUUUUGAGCUUUUUAUUAUGAAAUUUGUUGAAAGGAAUUUUCAUUUUCAAAAUCAGUGACUGUGAAAUUGUAAUAAAGAAUUCUCUUGUUUGAUGAGCAUGCAUAUGACAACAGAAUGGAUUUAUCAAAUUUAUCAAACGUAGUUUCAGUACAUUUUUGAAUUUUUCGAAGUUGUGGCUAAGCUGCAUCUAUAGAUAAUUAUGUGUGAAUCUACAUGUAUCAGUAGACUUUUGCGUAUAUUAAUGUUGUGAUAUGUAUAUUUAAUCAAUUAUAUAAAUUUAUGUUAGAUAUAUGUUGUUUUGUUGUACAUAUCAAAUUGUAUGACAAUUUGCAUUUAAAAAUGACCGGGUCGGUGCACAAAUUUACCAACUUUCUUUAGAAUAUUUUUAAAGUAAUUUUGUUGCAUUUGCAAGUAGCUUAAUGUUAGUUGAUAUUCUUGUUUGCUUAGGCAAAAUAGUGGAAUUACCCUGUAGGAAUCUUCCGAUCCUUAUUAACUACGGAUGUGCUAUCUAGUCGUAUGUUAAGUACAUAAAAUUGUUAAGAUAAUUCUUUCUGCCUUUUCGUGUUCUCAAUCUCAGCUAAUUUAAGUGUCUAUAUACCAUAAUUAUCAUCAUCUUUGGUGCCAUAUAAAAUAUAUACUGAUACGUAUACCAGAGUAGCUUAAAGUAGCUUACAUAUUUCAUUUCUAAAUCUUAAAAGAAUUUUCGUGAAAUGUUUUUUUUAUCACUUAGAUCAUUAUUAAAAGUUUGCAGUGUAAUAAGUUGAACGUAUUUUCCUUAAAAAGUUUUAAACGAACUAAAUUUUAUAAUUAUGAAUGUAAUUGUAUUGAAUUAAAAAUGAAUUGCUUAGAUAUCUUUUAAUUUGGCUGAUGAUAGAAUAUAAAGUCAAUGUUAAAUAAAUCAAUGUGUUCAGCUCAGAGCUGUAAUUUAGUGUAACUCCUUAAAAAUAUAUGAUGUUAAAAA